GUCAUCGACGGUAUGAAGCUCGUCGUCCUCGGUGGCACAGUAGAAACCGCUAGACGGGUAUCGAGCUCCGCUUGGUCGCAUUUUGUCAACUGUGAGCAUGCUCUAUCCCUUCUAAUUUCUUUCACCUCCGAGGCAAACACAUGGACUCCGCGCUCCAAACUCACUCCACUGCACGCACGUCUCAUGUCACUCUAUUUCAUCUUAUUGCAAUGGUGCAUUUUUAUGCCUGCAAUAGUGCUUUGUAUCCUCUUCACCCUAUUCUUUCCUCGAUCUCUCCCCUAGAAUGCUCUGCGUUCGGAUGUCGUACCGACGUCGAUGUCGAUAUCUUAUCAUUCUUCCUCGUACUAUUGCGUACUAAUUGGACAAUCUAAUUUGUAGCCUUCUUUCUUACGGCACAUUUUUCGGAGGAAGACUCCCCUUAUGAGUGGCUUAUGCUUUGGUUGUCACGAAGGCCAGAGUGGCAACGGUCUCGAGAAUUUGAGACUACCACCCGUUCUUCCUCCGGUUUUGGACGGACAGCUGACAACUCCUUUGGUGACGAGGAGGACGAUGCGGACGGCGACGACAUACCGGGAAGGGUCAAGACGCGAGUUGUAUUCCAACCGACGUUCGACACUACUCAUACUAUUUUCUAUGGGGGACACUGGCUACGCGUCAAGCGGGGCAGGAAGAGUGACGGGACUGGAUGUGAAGUUCUCUCCAUAAGCGUGGUCGCCCGGAAUAAUACAAUUUUGAAACAGCUUGUCCUCGAAGCUAAGCGAGAAUUUGAAGCAGAGGCGGUCCAUCGCAUACAGAUAUACUUUGCGGAUUUCUACGGGAGCUGGCGCUGGACGGACUCACGGCAUAAACGCCCUAUGGGGUCAAUUGUACUUAACCCGGGCGUGAAGGAGAUGCUCCUCAAUGAUACGCGGGACUUUUUAAAAUCCGAGAAGUGGUACGCAGACCGCGGCAUUCCUUUUCGACGAGGCUAUCUCCUCCACGGUGUCCCAGGGUCCGGUAAAUCGUCCCUGAUACACGCAAUUGCCGGCGAACUCAUGCUGGACAUUUACGUCGUAUCGCUUUCGUCCUCCUGGAUCAGCGACAGUACAUUAACGACAUUGAUGGGUCGUGUUCCCGCAAGGUGCAUACUCCUACUGGAGGACUUGGACGCCGCUUUCACGAGAAGCGUCUCGCGAGACAAGAACUCCAGUGGAAACCCUGAAGGGAAUAGCGAUGGGGAUAAUGAUCAAAGUGAUAUCCCCAAUGGUCCUCCCACCGCCAGCCGCAGUAGGAGACGUCAACGAGACCAGUUGUCAGAAGUAAACACGUUGAGUUUGAGUGGACUCUUGAACGCACUGGAUGGGGUGGCGGCAGCGGAAGGCAGAUUGUUAUUCGCGACAACAAACCAUCUAGAGCGCCUCGAUCCUGCACUCUCUCGACCAGGUCGUAUGGAUGUCUGGAUAGAGUUCAAGAACGCGUCCAAAUGGCAGGCGGAGGCACUGUUCCGCAAUUUCUUUCCAUCUCUGGAAGAAUCUGCAUCUUCGAAAGGUAGCUCCACGCCAAGUGACUCCGAGGACGAUGAACUUCAAGGUAUAGAUUCACCUCCGCAAACACCGAGUCCAGGCUCAUCGACGUUGUGGUCGCUUUCCCCUUCAUUUUCAUCGUCGUCCACAUCGCUAUCUCUUUCACCGAAGAAAAACGUCAACGCCAAAUCCAGAGGCCAGGUGCUACCUCAGUUCGGCGCGAAUAACCGGGCAUAUUUGCCACCGCCGAUAGAGGAGCAUAUUGCGAAUACUCAUCACUCUGCGAAGCCUCUGGACAACGUGACAUUGGCAUUUUUGGCGAAGAAAUUCGCGGAUGCGAUCCCACAGGAAGAAUUCAGCGUGGCGGCGCUACAGGGAUAUCUUCUGAAGCAUAAGAGCCAGCCAUAUAGAGCGGCAAAUGAAGCGGCAGAAUGGGUGAUGAAUGAGAGGGAAAUGAAGGAGCGGUUGAAGGCAGAGAAAGAGAAGAAGGAAAGGGAGGACAACGAGAAGAAGGAAAAGAGGAAGAAGGCUAGAGAGGAGCAGGUGAAGAAGCGGCAAGAAUUGGAGCUGGAGAGGUCGAAGAGGGAAGUGAAGUAUCGGGAGAGGGACGGAGGGAGAGUCCUUGGAUCAGUAACGACGGUGACUGAAGAACCCUUUGUCGCCGCAGUGCCUACCCCUCUUCCGGAACCGACGGUUAUAUCUACAGUCGUUGCUGACGAUGACGCGAAUGAAUCGGAAAGCGACGGCGAAGACGAGGUCGUUCUCCCUGCACCCACUCAACUCGUUUCUCCUAACGACUGGACUGCGUGGAUGUCAAAUCCUGACUGGAUGUCGCGCCCACUCCCUACAGAGCCAGGAAAGUGGGCAAGACAUUGAUCUGAGUCCAAAGAGUUUCCGGACAAGCCUAACAUGGAAUGGAAUUCACUAGGAAUGUCUCGCCACCAGGUCAGUUUAGCAUGCGCGCAUGUAUUAUUCCAUCAUCACCACACGGAUUUACUUUCAACUGUACACAGCAUGACUUCAUACUACUGUAUCUCAUCAUUUGUUGUUUAUACUACUGUAAUCUCAUUUUCCCUCUUUGGAUCCGUUACCAAGUACUCUUUGUACAGGGAGCACUUCCUCGCUAACUUCGUAUCUCAAAAAAUUUUACGUUGAAGAAAAUCAAGGUACAGUCACUCAGGUGUUCAUUGACCCGCUUCCUCUACCACACCAGCAGAUAGUUCAAAUCUGGGGUCCCGGCUGG